CGUCGAUGAUGGAGCGCCCGCCAUGUCUGACGUCUCUUCACUGUCAGCCAUGGCGGAGAAUCCUCAGAGAGAGGCAUGAUUUUGCUGCGUCUUCUUCUUCUUCUUCUUCAGUGCAGCUGAAGCUUCGAGCUUGAGGUCCUACUAUGUCGGACUGCGUUUCCUCGUCCCCUCUGUCAAUCUCCAUCACUCGGCAGCUGGGGAUUAACUCUGCCUCCAGUCGCAUUCUCACGGCCUCUCCACGCGGGCAUUCCCAGAACGGGAUAAGCUACCCAAAGCUAUCUUCAUAUCGCAGAUGGUCUAUUAUCCCGUCCGCAGGUGGUGCAGCGAAGAGGAGCUCGGCGGACGGAUCGUACAGCGAGCUAGGGUUCAAGACCGACGACCCCGGAGGUGGGAGUUUCCGCUCGGGAACGAAACCUAAUUUGGGCUCGGAAGAGCGGGGCAGGGCCGCUGCAGAUGGCGAGGAGAAGGCCAGUGGGACAUUGCCGCUGAGAAACGCGGAGGAUGGGGAUUUGGUUCAGGUCGAAGGGAAGGGAAACGGAGAGGCGAAGAUGGGGAAAGGGAGGCAGGUGAUGAGGAGAUCGAGCUUGAUGGCGAAGCAAGUGAUUAGCAUGAGCUCUGCUCUCAGCUUGGGUUUUGUCUCCCAGCUCUGGGUGGACACUGCCACUUGGAUGGUCGUGAUCGUAGAAGUGAGAUCGAAUUUGCUUUCUGGUGAAUCAGAACGGUUUCUUCUGGAGGAAAUUUGCCAGGUUGGUGAUGUUGUGCUCGUUGAGAAUGAGAAUGUAUUGGAGAAUGAACUGAAAAUGCUUGGACUGGAGACGCUGGUAGGAUAUGAAGUUGUAACUCCGGGUAGGCGAACGAUUGGCAAGGUUCGGGGAUAUACGUUCAACAUUAAUUCAGGAGCAGUUGAAUCGCUUGAGCUGGACUCAUUUGGAAUUUCAAUCAUUCCCUCGAGUCUGGUGAGUACCUAUGCUUUAUUUCUCCAGGAUGUACUCGAAGUAGCUUCUGACCGAGUAGUUGUGCACGAAGCCGCAGCUUCACGAAUACAAAGGCUGACAAAGGGUUUGUGGGAUAAUCAGAAGAAAGUGAGGACCAUGGAUGAAUUUGAUGAAUAUUCUGAUUUCGAAAAGCCAGAAAGGUCAUCAAAGGGUAGGUCUACACGAAGAGGCUUCAGCAGUCGGAAAUUUCAUCCUACAGUUGGAGAAACUGAGGAUGACUGGGAUCUUCCGAUGGACUUCUUGUGAACAUUCAUGUAAAUUUGAUCUGCUCGGCUCAAUUUUCCGGACUUGCCGAUAAACACCUUGUACAGAUUGUUUGUGGUGGAGUGCUUGUUUGUGUUGCAUAAAGGUUCUGGGUUUAACAUGGUUA